AUGACAUUCUGUCCCCGGUUCAGUCGAAGGGUCUCGGAAUGUGAAUCCAUCAUCGCAUACGAGUUUAGUUCUAAAACUCUCUGCGCACAAGCACUGAACACAGCCGUGGACGCAAUGUCGGUUUGUAUCCUGGAUGGCUCUUUCAAAGCCAUGCCCAAGAACGACCGUCUCGCUGUUUACGGCGAUUCCGCAGCUGCAUCCUACUUGUGCAGCCUCUGGAUCAAGCGAGGACUGGCGAAACACUGCUGGACUACGCUUCGCCGUGACCCGAACAGUAACGACAACCUUGCUCAAGUCGGCAUGGGCCAUGGCCUUGAUAGGUGCAUCAACAUGAAUGGAGGAACUACCAGGGUCUCUUCCGGAAUGGUUGCUACGGCUGUUGAAGCAAUUCUUGGUGCCGUUGAUAUUGACGGUGGUCGUGAUGCUCUUGCUCGAGUUAUGAACCAUCUUGGUCUCACGCAGCAUGCCCUUCUCUCAUGGGUGCCUUCGCAGCUACCGUGGAAUUCCCCUGUGAUCUCAGCCUGUGAUCCGGGGGUUUGCCUAGGUCGCCUUCUCAAGAAGGGCCAGGAGCGGAUCCUUUGUCAGCUAGGCUGCCAUUGGAGCUCGCUCUUGACUUUUCUUAAGAAGCCAUUUAGGCAAGCCCCAUGGAUCAUGGAUUGGGGGGACGGGGAAACUGGGGUAGCUGCGGAGUAA